UCUUCUUCUUCUUUUUGUGUUUUCUUUUUCCUGUUCUUCAGACCUUGCUUCUUCUUUUUUUGCGUGGUUUUCGAUGGGUUCACCAGCCUCUCCAUCUCUUCCUCCGCCAUCAAUAUUUCAUUGGAAGUAUGAUGUGUUCUUGACUUUCAGGGGUGAAGACACACGGGAGGGUUUUCUAUCCUAUUUAUACCAUGAGUUGCAAGUUGUGAAUAAAAUUCAAACGUUCAAGGACGACACACAGCUUGAAGUUGGUGCGCCUAUUUCCCCAACAAUCCUGAAGGCAAUCGAAGAGUCAAGGCUUGCAAUUGUUGUUCUCUCGGAAAACUACGCUUCUUCUAGUUGGUGUUUGGAGGAACUUACAAAGAUCUGUCACUGCAUGGAGGACGGUAACAGAAUUCUACCACUUUUUUACCAUGUCAAUCCUUCUGACGUACGAAAGCAAAAUGGGAGCUUUAAAGAAGCCUUCACUAAGCAUGAAAAUGAUGGGAGAGACAAAGAGAAGGUGAAGCAGUGGAGAGAGGCUUUAGCAAAAGUGGCAAAUUUCUCUGGGUGGCAUACACUGAAUUAUAAGUCUGAAAGACAACUUCUGAAUGACAUUGUGACAUAUGUACAUAGUAAGGUAAAAGCACCAGAAAUUGAGCUUACCUACGGCGAAAGGGAGAUACGGUUGCCCAAGUUUGUGAUGUGGAAAGCAAAGUACAACAACAAGUACUUGAGAUUAACGAAGAACGAUCCAGGCUUAGCAGGGUUUAUAAAGUUUAAUGGAAAUGAAGCUACGAGCCCGUAUGCAAUGUUCGAAUUACAGAAGGCAGAGACUGGGAAUAGUUUCGUGCACAUACGAUGUUGCUACAACAGUAAGUACUUGGUCAGAUCUAAUACAUUACGCUGGAUUGUUGCAGCGGCUGAAAAACCAGAGGAAAACAAAUCUAAAAUCUCAUGCACGUUGUUCGAGUUGGAGCCGGUCGACAAAACUGGAGGACUAGAGUUUCGAUUUCGCCAUAUUCAAAUGAGAAUGUACGCAUGUUUGAUGACGAGGGUUGAUGUUUCAAAAUAUGGAGGCUUAUUUGGAGAUUCAAAUUUGCCGGACAAAGAUGAGUGUGAUGUCUAUACAUUGGUUGAUGGGGAAUCUGCUUACAAGACAAACACGACGGUGGUGUUGCCAAGGUUUGUGGCACUGAAAGAUACGUACAACAACAAAUACUUGAGGGUUAACAAAAAGUGAUCCGGCCUUACCAGCAAAUUUUAUCAAAUUCGAUGGAAAUGUAGUUAUGAGCCCGCAAGCAAAGUUCGAAAUAGAGAUGGCAAAGAGUUGGAAUGGAUUUGUGCACAUAAGAUGCUGCUACAACAAUAAGUACUUGGUGAGAAUGGAUAAUAAUCAUAAUUGGAUUGUUGCAGUGGCUGAGAAACCAGAGGAAGACGAUUCCAAAUUCUCAUGCACCCUAUUCGAGCCGGAGCCGUAUGACGAAAGUGAAGAACAAAAGUUUCGAUUUCGCCAUGUCCAACUGGGAAUGUAUGCAUGCUUGUGGAGGGCUGAAAUUCCGUUUUAUGCAGGUCUAUUUGGAGGUUCAACUGAACCAGAUAUAGACGCGUGUGAUGUCUAUACAGUGGUGAACUGGGAAUCAGCAAACAAGACGAACGAGGUAGUGGUGUUGCCAAGGUUUGUCGCACUGAAAGCUACAUACAACAACAAAUACUUGAGCUUAAUAACAAAUGAUCCAGCAUUGCCAAUAGCGUUUAUCAAAGUUUGAUGGAGAUGGUUCUAUGAGCCCAAAUGCAAAGUUCGAAAUAGAGAUGGCAAAGAGUUUGAAUGGAUUUGUGCACAUAAGAUGCUGCUACAACAAUAAGUACUUGGUGAGAAUGGAUAGUAAUCAUAAUUGGAUUGUUGCAGUGGCUGAGAAACCAGAGGAAGACGAUUCCAAAUUCUCAUGCACUCUGUUCGAGCCGGAGUCGUAUGACGAAAGUGAAGAACAAAAGUUUCGAUUUCGCCAUGUCCAACUGGGAAGGUACGCAUGUUUGUGGAGGGCUGAAAUUCCGUUUUAUGCAGGUCUAUAUGGAGGUUCAAAUGAACCAGAUAAAGAUGAGUGCGAUGUCUACACGGUGGUAUCGAUUGAGACCAAUCAAGGAUAACAACAAGGGGUGUUUGUGUAUUUGGUCGCAUAUGAACUUCUAUUUCCUAUAAGGGUCGUAUAUUUGGAAGGUUGUGAAUUGUUUAUUUCUUGUACUUACAAAUUAACUUUUAUAUCCUAAACGUGUGCAUUGGUGAUGGGGAUGUUCACAUACCUCAAGCAUAAACUACACGUUACCAAAGAAAGCAUAAACUUAUGAGUUAUUGUUUAUUUCUUAUUGUUA